UUGUUUCAACGAAUCUGCAUAUAUGUAUCAGCACUCGGCAGUCCACUAAUUACCGAGGAACAACUCACGAGCCAAGAGUUACUUUAGUUUUUGGCAUUUUACUUAUUUAUCACCUACUACAAAUAAAAAAGUACUAGUUUUUUUAUUUAUUGCUGUUCAACUGUUUUAUUAUAUUUAAGCAGAAAAUGGAGAAUGGAAAGGGUAACUGCACAAGAGAAACUGCAGGCAAACCCAUCAUAUGCAAAGCUGCAGUAUGUAGGAAAGCAGGGGAAGCAUUAAUAAUAGAGGAUAUUGAAGUAGCACCACCUCAAGCUUGGGAAGUUCGGAUCAAAAUUCUAUGUACUUCUCUUUGUCAUACUGAUGUUUCCUUCUGGAAAAUAGAUUCAGGACCAAUUGCCAAUUUUCCAAAGAUCUUUGGGCAUGAGGCUGUUGGGAUAGUUGAAAGCAUAGGAGAGCAUAUUGAAGAAGUGAAAGAAGGGGAUACAGUGCUGCCAGUAUUCUUAGCAGAUUGUGGAGAGUGCAGAGAUUGCAAGUCCCCUAAAAGCAAUGUUUGCACCAAGUUUGAGAACAAGAAACACUCUGGCAUGCCAAGGAAUAAAGGUUAUAGGUUUAAGGACAUGAAAGGAGAACCAAUUCACCAUUUUUUCUACGUUUCAAGUUUCGCCGAAUACACCGUUGUGGAUAUCACACAUAUUGUUAAGAUCGACCCUCGAAUGCCUGUUGACAAAGCUUGUUUGCUUAGCUGCGGUGUUACUACAGGAAUAGGAGCUGUGUGGAAGGUGGCUCAGGUGGAGGAAGGCUCUACAGUGGCUAUCUUUGGACUUGGUGCAGUUGGACUUGGGGCCGUUCAAGCAGCAAAACUGCAAGGAGCUGCGAAGAUCAUAGGAGUGGACUUAAACCCUGAAAAAGAGGGCAUUGGGAGGAAAUUUGGUGUUACUGAUUUUAUAGAUCCGAAAUCUUGUGGAGAGAAAAAGAUAAGUGAGGCUAUUAAGGAACUCACUGAUGGAGGUGCAGAUUAUUGUUUUGAGUGUAUUGGCUCGGCGACGGUUAUGCAAGAUGCUUCCGAGAGCACUCGUCAGGGUUGGGGAAAGACGAUAAUACUAGGAGCGGAGGUACGAGGCAUUCCCUUGAGUCUGAAUUGCUUGGAUAUUAUACAAGGCAAAAGUGUUAUAGGAUCUAUAUUUGGCGGGAUCAAACCAAAAUCUGAUAUACCUGUACUCACUCAAAAGUACAUGAAUGAGGAACUUUGCCUUGAUGAAUAUAUUACUCACGAAGUUAAACUUCAUGAUAUCAACAAAGCAUUUGAGUAUCUUGUCCAAGGCCAGAGUCUUCGCUGCAUUAUAUGGAUGGACGACUCGAUUAAUCAUCACUAAACUAUGUACAUUUAUAUUGAGAAAUAUUUUUCAAAAUACAAACUAAUGGUAUGAUCAAAAUGGCAAGGUACCCAUUACGGGUUCGAUUAUACAAUAUUAAAAUAAACUAUCAUAAUUGUUAUUAUUGGAAGAUCAAUUGUAGUGUUGUAAUAUAGAGAAUUUAAGCAAAGAUUGGAUGAGUAUGUUAUUGUAUUUUUGUUGUUUA